AUGGUUUGUACAAGAAUCACCAAGGUGUUAUUUGCCUUACAUGUUGUUGUUCUUUGUUCAUUGGUAAUAACUUGUACAAAUUCUGUCAAUACCUUGUUUACAAAUCAAUCCAUUAAACACGGUGAAACCAUCGUUUCACCAAAAGAAACAUUUGAACUUGGUUUCUUUACUACUACUCGUAACUCCACAAAUUAUUAUGUCGGAAUUUGGUACAAGAAAAUAUCCAACAAGACCAGGACUGUUGUUUGGGUAGCCAACAGAAACACACCACUCACCGAUAACUCCUCCAAGCUAACUCUCACUGUCCAUGGAGCUUUAACAAUCCAGGACGCAAUGAACAAUGAGGUAUGGUCAUCCGAAAACUCAUCAACGAGGUCAGUGAGGAAUCGGCCGUUUGGUCAGCUUCUAGAAACCGGCAACUUUAUAAUUAACGAAGAAGCUGAUAUCAAACAAGAAAAUCCUAUAUGGCAAAGUUUUGACUAUAUUACUGACACUUUACUUCCAGGAAUGAAACAUGGCUGGAAUUUGGUUACCGGGUUUGAAAGACACUACACGGCUUGGAAAUCCAGCGAGGAUCCUGCUGCUGGUGAGUUUUCCUGCUGGCUUGAUAAGAAAGGUUACCCUCAGACGAUUGUAACAAAUGGCGCGGGAGUAAAGUUCAGAGCCGGUCCUUGGAAUGGAGUCAGGUUUAGCGGAGUUCAAGUACUUAAAACCAACAAAAUUUUCAGCUUUGAGUUUGUUAUAAACCAAAAAGAAGUUUACUACCAAUAUAAUCUCUUAACCGAUUCAGCUUACACAAGAUUGGUGCUUCAGCCUAGUGGUAAUUUGGAGCGUUUGAUAUGGAUUGAUAGCAAGCAAGAAUGGAAUAUUUUUUGGGCACUAGAGAAGGAUCAUUGUGACCAUUACAAUGUGUGUGGCCCGUUUGGGAGCUGCGACAUUAACAACAAUCCUGUUUGUGAUUGUUUGAAGGGGUUUGAACCCACUUCACCAGAACAGUGGAGGGUUAAUGAUUGGUCACUAGGGUGUCGACGUAUGACCCCUUUGAAUUGUGGACUUGGGGAAGGGUUCAAGAAGUACUCAAAUUUGAAGUUACCAGACACUCACGGGUCUUGGUAUAACCAGUCCAUGACUACUGAUGAAUGUGAAAGGAUGUGUAAAAGCAAUUGUUCCUGCACUGCUUAUACAAAUUCAAAUAUUUCUGGGCCUGGGAGUGGUUGUCUUCUAUGGUUUGGUGACCUAAUUGAUAUCAGAAGUUUUGACGAAAAUGGGGACAGUCUUUACAUACGAUUUCCAUCUUCAGAGCUAGAAAGCUCAGGUGCUGGGAGACGAGUACGAGUUAUUGUCCCUAUAGCCUCUGCAGUUCUGUUUUUACUAGUCACUUUAUAUUUGCUUUAUUGGUCUAAAAGGACCAGGCAAAAGCAAGAAGCUACCCACCCAUUUUUCCACUUCAAUGUAUUAGUUAUCCUAUUUAAUGAAGAUAAGAUAUUAUCCAUUUCUGCAGGGACAAAUGGAAACGAGUCUGGACAUGAUCGUGAAAAUAAUAACGUUAAGGAUCUAGAGCUACUGCUAUUCGGCUUGCCUACACUAAUCAAAGCUACCAACAAUUUUUCAGUGACAAAUAAGCUUGGAGAGGGCGGUUUUGGACCUGUUUACAAGGGUGUACUUGAAGAUGGACAGGAAAUAGCAGUGAAGCGGCUAGCGAAAGCAUCCAAUCAAGGACUUCCCGAAUUCAAGAAUGAAGUCAUGUUAAUAUCUAAAUUGCAACACCGAAAUCUCGUCAAGCUCCUGGGAUGGUGCAUCAAGGGAGAUGAAAAGAUGUUGAUAUAUGAAUACAUGCCAAAUAAAGGACUUGACACCUUCAUAUUUGAUAAUAAUCAAAGCAAACUACUUGAUUGGUCUGCGCGUUACCGCAUUAUCAAUGGAAUUGCUCGUGGGCUUCUUUAUCUUCACCAGGACUCUCGACUCAGAAUCAUCCAUAGAGAUCUGAAAGUCAGUAAUAUUUUGCUUGACGCGGAUAUGAACCCAAAGAUAUCAGAUUUUGGUAUGGCUAGAAGCUUUGGAGGAAAUCAAAAUGAGGCAAACACAACGAGAGUGGUUGGAACAUAUGGCUACAUGUCUCCAGAAUAUGCAGGGAACGGUAUCUUUUCAAUUAAAUCAGAUGUAUAUAGCUUCGGUGUUUUAAUGCUGGAACUUGUAUGUGGGGAGAAAAACAGAGGAUUCGUCCACAAAGAACAUAGCAAUAGCCUUAUUGGACAUGUAUGGGUACUCCAUAAAGAAGGCAGAUCCCUUGAACUAGUUGCCAUGUGUUCAUAUGAAUCAAUCAAUGCAUCUCAAGUUCUGCGAUCAAUCCACGUGGGUUUGUUGUGUGUUCAACGUCGACCAGAAGACAGACCGCCUAUGACUUCUGUGAUUAUGAUGUUGGGGAGUGAGAAUCCAUUGCCUUCGCCCCAAAAACCAGGUUUUUUCAUAGAAACAGAUAUAGAGGAUACCACACAUUCUUCAAGCUCAUGUGGAACAAGCUCUACCAAUGAACUUAGCAUUACAAUGUUGGAUGGUAGAUGAUUUCUCUAUUAUCUCGAAUAGAUGUUCAAUUGAUUUCAUCAUCAGAAAGUGUAUGAAUUUUAUGCAUUUUCAUAUCUGCUUCGAGUUAUCAAAA